CAGCAGCAGCAGGAGCAGGAGGAGCAGGACAUCCUGUUGGCAUCAGCAGCGACACACCUGCUGCAGGUGUUUCAGUGAACCCAGCUGUCAGCAGACGACUUCCUUUGCCCCUCUGCGCAGGCUCAGAACGUGACGUCAGAGCGUGUGUGUCUCUUUAAAUCUUUACCCGCCCCCCCUCCUCGGUGUGCGUGUCAGUGACCGGUGUGUUCUCCUCAUGGCGGCCGCUCAGGACUCUCUCUACCUGGGCUUCGACUUCAGCACGCAGCAGCUGAAGGUGGUGGCGAUUGAUGGAGACCUGAACGUGGUCCAUCAGAACCACGUCCUGUUUGACUCGGAGCUGCCUGAGUUCAGGACUCAGGGGGGGGUCCAGCUCCACGCCGACAGACUGACCGUCACCUCUCCUGUUCUGAUGUGGGUCAAGGCUCUGGACCUGCUGUUGGACAAGAUGAGGAGGGCGGAGUUUGACUUCUCCAGAGUCAGAGCGCUGUCAGGCAGCGGCCAGCAACAUGGCAGCGUGUACUGGAGAAGAGGAGCGUCUGAGACUCUGAACCAGCUCGACCCGGACCAGAGUCUGUACCAGCAGCUGCAGGGCAGCUUCUCGGUGUUGGACUCUCCGGUGUGGAUGGACUCCAGCAGCAGUCAGCAGUGUCAGGACCUGCAGGCAGCAGCAGGAGGAGCUCUGAGACUGGCAGAGAUCACCGGAUCCAGAGCCUACGAGCGUUUCACAGGAAACCAGAUCGCCAAACUGCGGCAGAACCGGUUGGAGGAGUUCCAGGACACUGAGAGGAUCUCACUGGUCAGCAGUUUUGCGGCGUCUCUCUUCCUCGGCGGUUACGCCGCCAUCGACUAUAGCGACGGUUCGGGGAUGAAUCUGCUGGACAUCAGGAGCAGAACCUGGUCUGAGAUCUGCCUGGAAGCCACUGCUCCACAUCUGGACCGACUGCUGGGAGCUCCACUGCCCCCCACAUCCGUCCUGGGUCCUGUCUCCUCCUACUUUGUGCGUCGAUGUGGUUUCUCUGAGAGCUGCAGAGUGGUGGCUUUCACUGGAGACAACCCAGCGUCUCUGGCAGGAAUGAGGCUGCAGCAGGGAGACAUCGCUGUGAGUCUGGGGACCAGUGAUACAGUCUUCCUGUGGAUCCAGCAGCCUCGCCCGGCCCUGGAGGGUCACGUCUUCUGUAACCCUGUCGACUGGCAGGAGUACAUGGCUCUGCUGUGCUUUAAGAACGGCUCUCUGACCAGGGAACGUGUCAGGAACGAGUGCACCGGAGGAUCAUGGGAAGUUUUCUCGGCCGCUCUGAGGGAAACGCCGCUCGGAAACAACGGAAACAUUGGCUUUUAUUUUGACACCAUGGAGAUCACUCCUCCUGCAGUGGGAGUUCAUCGCUUCGACUCGGACGACACCGAGGUGUCCUCAGUCAGUCCUCAGGUGGAGGUCCGGGCUCUGGUGGAGGGUCAGUUUCUGUCCAGGAGGCUCCACGCUGAGAGGCUGGGAUACUCCAUCAUUCCAGGAACCAGAGUGCUGGCCACAGGAGGAGCUUCAUCUAAUAAAGAGAUUCUGCAGGUUCUGUCUGAUGUGUUCAACGCUCCGGUCUACACCAUCGAUCUGUCCAACUCCACCUGUCUGGGAUCAGCCUACAGAGCUCUGCACGGUAACACACUCACAGUACUACCACUGAUAUUACUGAUACUACAACAGUACUGCAGCUCAGCUUCUGUCUUAAUCAUAUCUCCAGAUUAUUGUGAUUUAAAAAAAGGAAAGAAGGAAAAUUUAGUGAAAGAGGUGAAAGAAAAGAGAUGGAACAAAGAAAAGAAAAGAGCCCCUGAAGCUGAUCCCUGAUCAGUCUCCUCUCUGAGAGUCUGAGGUGGAAGCUCUCGUCUCCAAACGCUGCAGAUCAUCCAGGUAAACGGAGCAUCAGCGAGUCUUCAGAUGAGGAACAUGAAGAGGCAGAGGUGACGUCCGUCCUCGGCUGAUUCCUCACCGAGCGUCCGUCUCCGAGCUGCAGCUUCAUUAUCUACAGAAAAGACAUAACGCAAUCCUCCUGAUGUUCAUAAGCAGUGCUCAUUCAUUCAGCAGCCUCCAGGGGGUGAGGAGGGUG